GCUGGAAAACCAGAGCCAAAUUAAUAGUUUUCUUCCUUUCUUUCUCCUUGCCCCUCCUCCCUCUCUCUCUCUUCACCCAGCUCCCGAGAUCUCUCCCCUUCUCUCUCUAACUUCUUUGAUCCGGCAAUGGCUGCCUCCGCCCCAGCCACCGCCGGCGAGCUCCUCCGCAUCGACCCCCUGGAGCUCCGCUUCCCCUUCGAGUUGAAGAAGCAGAUCUCGUGCUCCAUGCAGCUGUCGAAUCUCAGCGACGACUGCAUCGCCUUUAAGGUGAAAACUACAAGCCCAAAGAAGUAUUCGGUGCGGCCCAACACAGGGGUUGUCUUGCCUCGGUCUACCUGCGAUGUCGUCGUGACAAUGCAAGCACAGAGGGAGGCCCCACCUGACAUGCAGUGCAAAGAUAAGUUCCUAGUCCAGAGCGUUGUUGCACCCCCUGGUAUAACCGUGAGGGAUGUCACGGGAGAUAUGUUUACAAAGGAGUCCGGAAAUAAGAUGGAAGAGGUCAAAUUGCGAGUAACCUAUGUUGCUCCUCCACAGCCACCCUCUCCGGUUCCCGAGGAAUCUGAAGAAGGUUCCCCAUCUAGGGUUUCUGAAUCAGAAAACGGUGAUGGUCCUGCUGGUGGAUUCACCAGAGCACUGAGAGAACGCAUUGAGCCUCAAGAAAAAUCUUCAGAGGCUAGUGCUCUGAUUUCAAAGUUGUCCGAAGAAAAGAACUCUGCGAUUCAACAGAAUCAUAGACUUAGGCAGGAACUUGAUUUGGUGAGGCGGGAAAUCAGCAAGAGGCGUGGAGGAGGGUUCUCCUUUGUAGUUGUCAUAAUUGUUGCUUUGAUCGGCAUGUUCCUUGGCUAUCUGAUGAAGUCAUAAUUCUUUCAGGCUGCUCUGUGGUCAUAUCAAAGGCAACUGGACUUACAUUCAUGCAUGUUUGGGAACUCGAAAAGACCAUUCAAAUCAGAUGUCUUGAAUUUCUCCUUUCUGUUUUGUCAAUAUAGGACUGCGUAUGUGAAAUGCUGAGCCAGUUUAAGCCUUUCUUUUGUUGUCAAUUUCGUUGGGUGAGUUGUGCGUUUGGCUGACACUGUAACUCGGAAAAUGCAUUAAUUGCUUUUGCUCACAGUUUA